CGGAACUGGAGCCCCAGCGGGCACAGCCCAUGAUGGAAGCUCCAGCCUCCACGUCCUCCCGGGAGCCACUGGCAGCAGAGCUCGGGCCGACCCCGGCUCGCCUCCCGCUGGACUCCAUGUUCAGCCCCAUCACUGACCAGCUCCGUUACCUGCUCAGGAAGGCGGAUGACUUUCAAAGCUACUUGCUCUACAGGGACCGAGUACAGAAGGAACAGCUAGCCAAGGCCAUGCCCACCUUCUUAACUAUGUGUGAACCUUACUUCCUAUACCUUGAGGCUGCGGCAAGGAGUCUCCCUCCUAUCUACGGAGCCCUGCAAGAGUUGGUCCGGAAGGGGCUGCUGGAGAUCUCCCAGCAGCUAACCCUGCGCUUGGAACAGUUAGUUCUCAUGUAUGCCUCCUUUGGGUUCGUCGACCUGGAGGAAACUAACCCUUUGAGCAUCUCCUGCUUCUUCUGCGGGAGGUUCUCCAUUAGCCCCUCCCACGAUGUGUCCAUCUUCCGAUACUGCACACCAGCAGCGUACACUGCCAGUCACUUCCCAAGAUACCUCUAUAAGAAGAUGCGCUGGAACCUGGAAACCACUACAGAGGCCAGCAGUCAAGGAGCAAACUCCCACGUGGAUUACUACUUCUUGUGUUAUCGAGAUACAUGGGAGGAUGCAGGCCAGGGACCAGCCAAUUCGUGCCCCCAGAUCCAGAAACUCUGGUCCAUUGGCCGAUGGAUGCCCCUAGGACCCGCAGAGGAUGAUCUUGAUUCAUGGAUUUUGUGCCCCCAGCCACCCGGGGACUACCAGCAGCUACUAACCAUCGGCUUCGAGGAGCCGUCGCACGUGCUGGCCACCGACCUGCUGGUGCAGAUCCUCAUGGGCCAGGCAGGCCCCGCCCGGCCCCCCAGCGCUGCUGGGCCCGCGGCUUGGGCAGCCCCGGCAUCCUGAGUCCCAGGAGAAGGUGCCAGCUGGAGCCUGAACAACCCCAAACUCCAGGCAGGAAGAGAUGUGGGCUGCACUGAGUACGCCCCGGCACGGGCCACCGAACACCAAAUGCUGGCAGACUUUUCUGUUAAUAAAAGAGCAAGGUCAGAG